GGGAAGGGGUUCUCGCGCGAUUGGGCGAGGUUUCCGGUGUUGUGACUGAAACCCGUCAAUAUGGCGGCGAUCGGCCGCGGCCGCUCGCUGAAGAACCUCCGAAUACGAGGGCGGAAUGACAGCGGCGAGGAGAACGUCCCGCUGGACCUGACCCGAGGUAACGCGGGGCGCCGCGGGCGCCGGCGACGGUGUUCUACUGGGGAGGAGUCGGGGGCUAGGGGCCGCGGGCAGGGGCGGGCCCGGCACGGGACCCGCGGGGGUGCGGGAAGCAGAGCCCGAGCCCCGCCUGCCGGCCCGCGGGAACCAAGCCCCGGGCAGUCUCGCCGGACCCAUCCCCCUUCUCGGUGCCCGCUUUCCUCGCCCCGAGCCCUUCUCCGGGCCUCUGGGUGCUGCGGGUGCCGGGGAGGACCGAGCGGGACUCGGCGGAGCCUGCGACCCACUGGGUUCUCUCGACCCCAGAGGCAGCGUGGUCCUCCUAUCCCGGAGCUCGAGCAGCCGAAUCCCGGGGGCGGCCAGAGGGAGGUAGAGACUGUUAUUUAGGUUGCCGGAGGAUGUCUGAGGGAAGAGCGACCACAUCCUGCCCUCCUCGUCCCCCAUAGCCGAAGCCGGACUGUCUUGGUCUUCGCCGACUGCGUGACUGCUUUUCUUUUUGCCCACCGCCCUGCUGCGGGGACCCGCAGCAUUGAUAACUCGGUAGCGAAACCUGGAGCCCGUGAUUUCUGCUAAGUGUCUGGUUUACGCUGUAUUUGCCUCCUGUUUCCCUUUCUCGGGCGGCUGGGACUGUAGUUGGCAAAGACCGCCCCCUCACCCUCGCUGCAGGUUCAUUGUUUACCUUCUGCAGUGGCGAUGGGUUUGUUUAUACCUUUGGAACUGGGUAACCCCCAGUUAUAUUUUUAAGGACCUAAUCCGGCUACGGGCCAGUGUAUCAUCUAUUAGUCACCGUACUGGUGUUUAUUCGACAAUAUCUUGCUGAGGAUUCAGUGGUUAUACACAAGAUUUUUCUUUUCUCUUCCAUGGUAAACAAGAUUUGGUCUAUUGAUUCCGAAGAAGUCCUACUUCACACCGGCUGGCUGUAACUUAGAGUGUAAUCUGGUUCAGCUGUACAGAAUCAGUUUCCUUUUUGAGAUCUUAAACACACUUUAGGAGGUUAAAAAAAAAGUUGUUUUAACAUUAUACAUAAUACUAAAAAUUUUAAUCUACGUUUUACCUGGCAUAAUGAUUUUAUCUACAGUAUUUGUUAGACGUGGGCUCACUGUUGAGGUUCAUCUCUGUAUUUAAUACGUAAAGCAUACCUCAUUCUCUAAUUCGUUUUAUUUUGUAUGUCAUAAAGUAAGAUUACUGUUUUGUAAACUAAAGUCUAGUUUUUAUUUAGCUACAAGAGUACAUUUUUCUAACAGUAUUUUAUUCUGAAAAUUCAGGGACUUAUUUUUGUGUGAACUAGUUCCUUUUACAGGCAGAAGAGUUUCUAAGAUAAAAUAGGGCUUAAGUAAUAGAAAUGGCAACUGAUUAGAUCACUAAUACACUUAACUGGAACUUUUUUUAUUCAGCAGACGGUUUGAAUAUUAAUGUAGAGAGGUGUAAAACUUUUGACUUUUGUGUAACAGUUUGGAAACUUGACUAUAUAUAACACAUACAAAAAGUCUGAAGUAUAUGUGCAAGAAGAUAGCUCUAGUAAGUUUCCUAACAAAAUAAGCAAAAUUCCCACAGGCCUCAAUUUAGCAUUUGAGUUUUGUAACAGAUGUAAAUAGUGAUUUAAUUUAUAUAUACACAUAUGGAUUAGAUGGAAGUGAAAAGAGCAUUUAUUAGAUCUCGAGUCUGUGCAUUAAAAACCAGUUUGUAUGUUGUGCUAGAAAUGUUAUAGUUGUGCUUUAAAUUGACUUUGCUGAAUUCCUAUGUAUAGUGGUUUUUCUGAUAUCAGAAUUUCAGGUAAUAAAAGCUAUGUCUGAAUUUGAUACUUUGGUUUACUCCAAUUUUACUCAAGUUCAUAGAUAACUGUAUAUUUACUUUUUUAGUGAACGCCUAUGUGCAAGAUGUUUUUAGGAUAAUAUAAAAGGUACAGAAGGUACUAUUUCUACUUGUCCUGACAGAAUGUAUUUCAAUUUAGAAUGAAAUAUACACUGCCAAUUGAUUGCAAAAGCUGUAUGCAACUAAGUAAGAAGGCAAAGAGAACUGUAUUCCUAAAUCUUAAGGAAGUUUCUAAUAAGAAAAAUAAUCUGAGUUAGAUUCAUUGUAUAGUGACUUUGUUGUUUGAGAAAUCACUAUUCUGACCAACAUUCAUUGUAUUGUUAGAAGAAGGCUUGUGGAUCAAACAUGAAGAAAGUUCAUAAGGAAUUAAACUUUAGUUUAAUUCCGUUUCAGAACUGUGGGGCAGUCUGGGUUACAGCUGAAGGGCAGCUGUUUGUGGAUUAGAUUACAGCAUGAUUUAGAUAAAGUUUGGUUAACUGAAUUUUUUUUUUUUUUAAUGCUAAAGCAGUGUUUGCUCUCAUUUUCAUUAUUUUUAUGUAACCUUUGAGAAAUUCAAUGUAGCUGUCUAACAAAGUUCAUUUUAAAAUAGAGGUCAUGGUCAUUGUAAUUCCUAGAGGAGCCACGAAUGUACUGAAAAAGAGAGCAAACUGUAAAGUUGUGUAGUUCUCUGAGUUGUAAUCUCAGCUGUUACACUUAAUGGUUGCUUAAUUUGGAGCAGGUUAGUUGACCUUAACUCCUGGUUUUCUUCAGCUUAAAAAAGAGAGAGGUUAACUUGAAGUUAUUGUUGAAUGUUAAGAAUGUGAGAAAUAAAUGAGCCAGUGUUUAUAGUACACAAGAAAAGAUAUUCCGAGUACUACACUGAUACUUUGUGAGCAAUGCUAACUAAAUGUUAGUUGCUUUCCCACACUAUGAAAUCAAAAUUGUUUAUAUCACAGGUAGAAUGCUUCAAAUGAUUGAUUUGAAUAUUAUAAACUCAUUAACAAGGAAUUAUGGUUUUGAAGCUUUUGUUUUUUGCAGAUAUACAAUUACUUGGGUUUAGUCUGUCUGAACUAGAGUUCUUUUUUAUUUUAAAUUUAUUAAAUGCUUCACAAUAUAUAAAGUGUAGGUGAGUAUAUGUCUAUAAAUAUAAGGAACUCUUUUGUGUCCCCCGAUCACUCAGUUUUUCUCUGUGCCCCCACCCCAACUGUGAUCAUUUUUUUCUUCCAAUUUUAUUAAGAUGUAAUUGACAUACAACACUAUAGGUUCUUGAAUAUAACAAUUGUAAAAAGUAGUUUGUGAGGUUACCUCUAUUAGGUCUAAGAGGAGAAAAAUUUAUUACAUUUAUUUAAGAUAAAAUAUGAUAUAUUAUUUGAUAGAACCAUAGAAUUUUUCUCCCUGACUCCAGAAAAUUUCUUAGCCUUGCAAACUUCUUGAAGCCCAGGAGAGUAUUAAGGUACUUUGAUUUUCAUAUUGCUGUUAGUGCUAUGGUUUAUAUAUAAAAUAUGCUUCGGUAAAAAAUUGCUUAUGGAUUAAGCAAUAAUAAAUUGCAGUUAUUUAUGGUACAAAUAUGAUACAAUUAAAUUGUACUAGAUCUUAUAGUCAAUUUAUUGGUAAUUGUACUAGAUCUUAUAGUCAAUUUAUUGGUAAUUGUUCCUUUCAGUUUGUUCAGACAGCUGUUCUACUUUUUUGUGAAAGUCCCUUAUAUUUACUAUUGAUAUUAUUAAGUACUUUCUCUAUUUUGCGCAUCAAAAUUUAUUUUGAAAUCAAAAUACUUUCCUUAACCACUUCCACUGCAAGGAUGGUCUGUUUUUUUUUUAUCAGUCCAGUAGUACAUCUCUUCCUGGUACUGAAUAACUUGAAGAGAGUAUUCAUCCUAGCCCUUCCUAUUAUAAUUUCAUUGCUGUGUUCAAGGUGAAUUUCCAGGACAUGGAAACACAUAUAUUCAAAUAUAACCAUUAGAAUAUAAUUUAAGUACUGAGUUUUAUAUUUUUGUGAUAUACAACCCUCUUACUUUUCCAUUAGUAAGAAUAAAAAAUUUGACUGUCUUGGAGUUCCUGUUGUGGCUCAGUGGUAACCAACCUGACGCAUCCAUCAGGAUGCAGGUUCAAUCCCUGGCCUUGCUCAAUGGAUUAAGGAUCCAAUGUAUCCAGUGUUGCCAAGAGCAACGUCCUAGCCUGGGAACUUCACUUUUGACCUCUAGCCAUGGAACUUCCAGGUGCCGCAGGUACAGCUCUAAAAAGAC